AUGAUUCUACUCGUCCUCUCCCAAAUCAUUGUAACAUAUGCGCAGCAGAGUAGCUACGACGAAAAUGUCGCCCGAAAUAUCAUGAUGCCUUUAAGUGCUGCUGCGUACGCAAGUGAUCCACAACCUUGCCUUAGAACCAUUGACGCGGCUGCAACGAUGGUACUAAAUAUCACUGUAGAUUGCGGCGCUACGAAUACAUGUUCGGGCUACAUUGCCUUUCUCCCUUUCCGCAAUGCAAUCGCCAUAGGCUUUAGGUAA